AUGCUCUCCACAAGACGCUCCCAGUCCCACCACCCGGACAGCUUCUCCUCCAGAUACAGAGCCGGAAAGUCCAAAGCACGGUCCCGAGAUCAAUCCGUCGCAUCACGACGUCUCCAUCGCCGACACUCCCCCGAUACUCCCCCUGAUGGAAGCUCUUCAAACCAAGGUGUCAUAACCCUCACCAUUGGACCCACGAAACGUCUCUUCGCCGCCCACAAAGACAUCCUCUGCGUUUCCCCCUACUUCGCUGCCCUCUGCAAUCGCCCCAGCGACUCCUCCUCUGCCUCCUCAUCCUCAAGUCCCAACCCCAUCGAUCUCCCCGACGAACAACCCGAAAUCUUUUCCUGCGUCCUCGAAUACCUCUAUCGAGGCGACUACUACCCACGCCUCCGUCACGACAAAACGAACAACACAUGGGAUCUUGAAACAUCCGCAGCUAACAACACCACCACCUCCACCAACAGGGACACAGACCCCGGUGCAACUAUCUUCGUUCCCGCCGCCGGAGCAGAGAUAUUACGAGACACGGCAGUAUACUGCGCCGCCCAAAAAUACUCCCUCGAGAUUCUAAAACGUCUCGCCUUGAAAAAACAAGGCCUCCACUCAAACAUCCCCUGUCACACGAUCCUCACCAGUGCGCGGUACGCAUACGCACACACUCCCGAUAACGAGUCUAAACUGCGGGCGCAUUAUCUAGCUCUCAUUAUUCGGAGUCGGGGGACGUUUAAGCGGAGUGGGACAAUGCAGAUGGAGAUGGAACAGGGAGGGAAGUUGUUUUUCGAUUUGUUUGUGGCGAUGUGUAAUCAUAUGGUAAGUCUUUAG